AGCUUCUGCAGUACGAUAAUGGCUGGAAGAGAAUCAGAAUACGACGGUGCUUUGGACUCAGACCUAGCCUCCGAUCAGUCUCUCAAACUCCAAGAUCAGUCAACGCACCUUAAGUUUAGCUCAAGGAUUAGAAAUUAGAACAUGCUCAUAUUCUGCCGAUUUAUUUGUCGAAGUGAACGAACAUUGCAAAAUAAAGUGGAACCAGUGGAAGGCAAACUUAAGGCACAAUUACUUUAACACUCCGUGGGCAUCAAUUUCCGUCGUUGCUGCGGUUAUCUUGCUUCUACUUACUGUGCUGCAAAGUGUAUAUUCAGUUCUCUCUUACUAUCAUCAGCAUUUAGUAUGGGAAAUCUCCUCUCUAGACAAUAGCGGCAGGAAUAUGGUG